AAGUUAGUGUCGAGUGCGACUGACACGAGGAGCGUUUCGGAACGCGUUCGGCGUCCAAUGAGGAAGCCGGAUCUUUCGGCAAUGGGCGCGCCUAUUGGGCGCCAGAUGCGUCUCAAGAUUCUCCAAGCGGGAGUGUCCCGAUCGCGUUUUGUCCGCGAGUGUAAGCACGGACAUCGGGCACGCGACGAGAAUCCUUUGUAAUGUGAAAUUUCGCCGUGCGUGUGUGCCACCAGUUACAUUUUUCCGCCGCGUCGCGUCAUGGCCGGCGAGGGGUGAAGUCAGUCGAGCGCCGUGAAAAACUUCGUGUAUGCGCCAGUACUCGCCGGGCGUAUUGUGCGUACGCAUGAUCAACGCGCGACAAUGGAGUAAAUAUUUAUGUUCCGCGCAACUUGGUGAUACGAGGAUCGAUGUUAGCCGUCGCCCGUCGCCGUAUCGCGCGUGGAACAUGUUCAGGAACGUUUCCCACACUCCGUGUUUGAUCAGUGUCACUUGAUACGAUCGACGACGAGACGCGCGCGUGGACAACUAGGACGGCCUCGACGAGCUGCUUCUCCUGCAGGUUUGCACAAAUACCAUGGGUCGUUACACAGGCAAAAAAUGUCGCCUAUUAACAAUGUUAUGGCUGACAGCCUUGUUUUUCUUAGUGGAAAUAGUAGUGGGUUAUGUGACCAAUUCAAUGGCAUUAAUAGCAGACAGUUUCCAUAUGUUGUCAGAUGUAGCUGCUUUAGUGGUAGCAUUUCUGUCCGUGAAGAUGUCACCGAAGAAAUGGUCGAAAAAUACUUUUGGUUGGGCCAGAGCAGAAGUAUUAGGAGCCUUGGUAAAUGCUGUCUUCUUAGUUGCUCUAUGUUUUAGUAUUACUGUGGAAGCGUGUAAGAGAUUUAUUGAAGUAGAAGAAAUACAUGAGGCCAAGCUCCUCGUGGCAGUUGGAGCCCUUGGUUUGUUGGUGAAUGUGAUAGGCUUAUGUUUAUUCCAUGAACACGGAAGUGCUCAUGGUCACUCGCACGGGAUAUCUCGAAGUCAUAACAGAUUGAGCACUCUAGUAGGUACAGAUGAUAAUGAAAACGACGAAGCUUAUAGACCUUCGACGCCUCAAGUGAAGAAAGCGCACGGUCAUACCCACGAUGCAAGUCAGAUGAACAUGCGAGGUGUAUUUCUUCAUGUGCUUUCUGAUGCACUUGGCUCUGUUAUUGUCAUUGUAUCUGCUCUGAUUGUAUGGCUAACAAAGUGGCAAUACAGAUUUUACAUUGAUCCCGCAUUGUCGCUAUUAUUAGUCAUUCUUAUUCUGCGCUCAGUGUGGCCAUUACUUCAAGAAUCAGCUUUAAUACUAUUGCAGACUGUGCCAACACAUAUUCAGGUCGAUGCUAUACAGCAGCGUUUGUUAGAAAAUGUCGACGGAGUAUUAGCCGUUCAUGAGUUCCAUGUAUGGCAAUUAGCGGGUGAUCGUAUUAUAGCUAGCGCGCAUAUAAGGUGUAGAAAUCUUUCUGAAUAUAUGAAAAUCGCCGAACAAGUUAAAGAGUUUUUCCAUAACGAGGGUAUACACUCCACUACCAUUCAGCCAGAAUUUAUUGACUAUCAUUCUAAUAGUGAAAUUAAAGAGACUCCCACAGAAGAUUGCGUGUUGGAUUGUCCAAAGACUGAUAAGCCCUGUAAUCACGCAACAUGUUGCGGUCCUUCCAAGCAAGGUCGUGAAACUCCCUCACCUGGAGAGACGCCAUAUAUGUGCAGACAACGUAAUAGCCUGGCACGUUCAACCGGCUCUAUAGGAGGAGCGGAACAACAAGAAGUGAAUGAAAUGGAACGCGGACAUUUGCUGUCACUGCCCACUUCGCAUCACUCCGUCCAACUUCCCCAUCCUCACGUUAGCACACCAACUGUCUGAGUUGUCAUCGCAUUAUCAGAUAUCUACCUCCAUUAGCGAAAUAUACGCGGCGCGUCAUGAUUUAUUGUACAAAUGCAAUAAAUGGGCAUGUCUACAUAGAGUUCAUUAAUAUUGCAGUUAACGGCGGGAGUUAAGCGACACGAUUUGCAAUCGAGUUUUUACUUAUAGAAACACAUAAUUAAGAUAUUUGAUAAUUAAAUGCCAAAGGCAUGUUAAUACCAAAUACAACCAUGUUAGUUAACCUGCUAAUGUAACGAGAAUGUUUAAUUCCAAUAUGAUAUUCUUUAGGCUUUGGACAUUCAACGCAUAAUUAACAAAAUGCAGGAAUUGUUUCUCUAAUUGAAGUUGUGUAAAUUGUAAAUUGUUUAUAAUAGUUGACAAACUGACUUUCAUUUAAUCUCAUUGUACAUCGACGGCGAUAUUGUGGUACAGACGCUGCUUUGAAUUUUAUUUAUAUGUACUUUUUUAUCUAUUCGUUUAUAUACUGCGUAGUUUUUUAUAAGGUAAUAUACAAAUCUAUAAGCGAGAGUACCAAAUCUCCUCAGUAUAAUACUUGUCUAUAUGCUUUUCUCCGUAUAAUUUUCGAUUGUUAAGUCUGUAUAUUUUUUAUGUAUUUCUUGUAGGCUUGACCAAUUACAAAAGAGUUGCAAAAAAUGAAUGAAUUGUAUAAACGACGUAUCCGCUGUCUCUCUCUUUCCAACAGCUAUUGUUACGACUACGACUAUUACUAUAGCUAUCUCGUCGGCGAGGACACUACGGAAGAUAAAAGAUUAAACUUUAUCGAUUCUACUACUUUUCCUGUUUCCCUAUGAAAAAGAUUAGAAUAUUAAAUAUAUUGAUUAGCUUCCUCUCAUUUUUUUUUCCGUCCGCUAAUACGCGACCCUGUGACUCAAGUCUGACUUAGUUUCUCUUUUUUUUUUUCGAAAUAAAUUAAUACAAAACUUCACAAAGUAACGCAUUUGCGCUGUAUGCAAUUGUUUAUUUUACUCGUACUAUAUAUAUAUAUCAAAUGUUCUGUAAUUCUACGAUAAAUACGACGAAGAAAAAUCUCACGUCCAAUGAAUACAAAACUGAAAUCUAACGAGAACGCUAUUAAAUGUGCGUCGAGUCUUGA